AUGGAAGUACUAGUUGCAAACGUAGAUCAUAUUAAAUUUGAUAUAGAUUACGCUUUAGAAGAACAAUAUGGGGCUCUACCGCUUCCUUUCCCAGGAAUGGAUAAAUCUACAGCAGCAGUUUGCGAAUUCUUCAGUCAGCCUGGUGGGUGUUCAAAUGGCCCGCAGUGUCCGUACAGGCAUGUGCGGGGAGAUCGCACCGUUGUUUGUAAGCAUUGGCUAAGAGGUCUCUGUAAAAAAGGGGAUCAAUGCGAAUUUCUCCAUGAAUAUGACAUGUCAAAAAUGCCCGAAUGCUACUUCUAUGCUAGAUUCAAUGCUUGUCACAAUAAGGAGUGCCCAUUUCUUCACAUUGACCCAGAGAGUAAAAUCAAAGACUGCCCAUGGUAUGAUAGAGGUUUUUGUCGCCACGGACCUCACUGUAGGCACCGGCAUGUGCGCCGUGUUUUAUGCAUGAAUUAUCUUGCUGGAUUUUGUCCUGAUGGAUCGAGCUGCAAAUUCAUGCAUCCUCGUUUUGAGUUGCCUGCACCCCCAGAGCAAACUAAAGAUGCUAAAAGACUACCAGUGUGCCAUUACUGCUCUGAAGUUGGUCACAAAGCUUCUAGUUGUAAUAAAAUACCGCAAGAGCAAAGAGAAGCAGCUCAGAGACAAGAAGAAGCUAGAUAUAGGGCUCUUGGUUAUGUGAAACCUGUGAAUGAAAACGAAGAUAUAAAUGCUCAGCGCCUGCAGCGCAUGAUUCACAAACCUCUAGAAGAAGUGACAUGUUUCAAGUGCGGCACUAAAGGACAUUAUGCGAAUAAGUGCCCCAAGGGUCAUCUCGCUUUCCUUUCAACUCAAGCUGGCCAGAACAACUCCAACGCUGUUUUCAAAAAACCUAACUAG